AUGAGCCUGACAGGCAAGUAUCUAUCUCCAGUUGUGGUUUCGAGUAUUAAUGAUUACGAAGAUCUGGAUCCCUAUGGGUAUUCGGACGGUAAGUGGCUCCGCAACGACAAAGAAAAUCAACAGGCCCGUCGCAUUUCGUUCAACUUCGACGCUCUCCGUCGACGAGUCGUCGAAAUUUCAAAUGCCGAAUCCAUCUCAACCUUUGAGAAGAAAGAUGGUGGUUUCAACCGCGUCUUCAUCUUCACUACCAAUAAUGGAAAAAUGGUCGUGGCAAAAGUGCCCGUUUGUAUUGCGGGACCUCCUAAACUGACCACCAGAUCUGAGGUUGCAACCAUGAAAUUUUUGAAGAAACACUCGAGUGUACCACUACCGGCAAUCUACGACUGGAGUGAUGAUCGAACUAACGAGAUCGGGAGCGAGUACAUCAUAAUGGAAUAUGUUUCAGGUGUUUCGCUCCAUGUCAAGUGGCUUUAUAUGACUGUCGACCAGCGCAUCAAAUGUAUCAAGAAUAUCCGCCAAAAUCUGAGCUCAAUGAAUGACAUAUCCUUCCCAGCAUAUGGAAGCUUAUACACCACAGACGAUCAAGUUGACCCCGCAAUAACAUUGACGCAAGACGAUCAAUUUUGCAUAGGCCCACAUGUCGCGACCAGAUACUGGGACUGUAACGUCGGGUUCAGUCGAUAUUACCAUCUUGUACCGCCUAAUCGAGGUCCAUGGAGCGACCUUUCGGCUUGGAGCGACGGACUGAUUGACGCUGGUAUCUCGAGAGUUCCACCGUAUGACAAGAGCAGUGGGCGUCGACCACGAUAUUUUGGAACACCUAGCAUGCACUUGCGGGUGCUUGAAGAAGGGCGUCUGCUUUUGAGGAAGAUGUCGCAAGACCUAAAAAUCCGCGCAAACGCGACGCCAACAUUAUGUCAUCCAGACUUGCAUAAACGGAAUAUUGUCGUUGCCCCGGAUGAUCCUACAACAGUUAUAAGCUUCCUCGAUUGGCAGUCAGCCGGUAUCGACCCAGCAUUCUCACUCGCGGAUGUGAGGCCAGACUUUAUUGUUGCACCUGACCAUGCCGACAACCCAUCCAAUAAUGGUGUAGCCACUCAGUCUCACUCUCAAGUAUAUGCGGAUGCUCUCAGUGUCUGUAUCGAGUUCUAUUUCCCAAACCUGGCUCGCGCACAGUCCUUGGGUCCACAUAUCCUUCAACCGUUUCGAUUCGCACAUCGGACCUGGAUCGACGGCGUGGUUGCGUUACAACAUGAUCUAUUUGAAGUUGCCCGUCGAUGGAAGGACUUAGGGUUUGAAGGCAUCUGUCCCUUUCCAUUACCCGACGCUGAAGCCAUUGCCGCUCACGACAGCAAUUAUAAAUACUUUAUAGCCGCACAAAAUUUGCGAGAACAGGUAGUCAGAUAUCUCAACAUUUCGCCCGAUGGUUGGGUACCCUCAGAUGCCUGGGAUGCGACAAAACUGCUGUAUCAGGAACUGUACUCUCAGGCACGGCAAGCCAUAUUGAGUGCAGAGGAUUCGGACGACGAGGAACCAGUCAAAACCGAAGAUGACCUGAGAGCAAUAUGGCCCUUUGAUUUGUAG